AUGAAUAACAACUUGUUAGCACUAUGUGCUUUGCUGGUCGUGGCAGUUUUAGGACGCAAACAUUUUCGCAAUGAUAAUCACUACCAAGUUGUGGGCGUAGAGUGUAAGGAAAAUGAGGCAGUCAGCUGCCUGAUGAUUGAAUGUCCGACUGGCAGCUUUUGCCCGGCGGAAAACUUUUGCUACAACCCCAAAUGCGUUUGCCGCAAAGGAUUUCGACGAGUUGGUGGUGUCUGUGUGCCAAAACACAAUCCUCUGCAUCUGAACAAAGCCACAUUGGAGUCAGCUUUACUAAAAAUUCCCUAUCGAGAGAUUCUCUAUUGAGACUUACAGCUUCUAAUAUGUAUAUUGAGUAAAUUUAAACAUAUUGUAUUUUAAGUUUAAGAUAGAUAAUCAAAAUUCUUA